UUGUAGAUAACGAAGCGGUUUUAUCGGGCUGCUAUCCGGUUGACCUCUUGAAUACGAUGGAAAAAGAUCAGGAGACUCAUGAGGACGAAGAGUCAGAUUCCGAAUCGGAAUCCGACCCGGAGUCCGAGACCGACUCCGAUGAAGGAAGUCAGUUCACUGAAGACUCUGAGACUAUUCAGUCAUCAGAAUUAACGCAGAGCCUUUCCGCCGAACUAACUACUGCGGCAGAUUUUGAAUUUCUUCCAGCGUCGAUUGUUUACCUCGGCCAAUUAGACGAGGUUGAUCUUGAAAUUUCACCACCUAACAAAUACUCCGAGGUAGUUCUGAUUGACACAAUUAACGUGGACGACGAUAGCGAUGAAUCAAGUCAGAGCGACAUAUUUGAUUAUGAGCGUGAAUAUUAUGAGACGGAAUUGCCUCCAGCGGAGUUGUCUAAAGGAAUGACCCUACCGAAAAAGCCUAAACCAUUAGACUUUCAGCACCCACGAUCUUAUUGGAAAAGAGAACCUCUGCGGCCGCCAAUACCUAAAAAGGUGUCCACCAGCUCCUACACGGUUCCGAGUCCCGAAACAUCAUCAGCCACUUUGCCUGCUGCAUUACCAGCACUACCCAGCCCAAGUCCUGCCCCAGCUCUCCGACUAGCACCAAGCCCGUAUCUGCGAGUGAAAAUGGGCCCCAUGGUAAGCCCACCACCAAAUCAACUUGUCAGCCUUUUUCCACCGCCAGAAAAACGAUCGCCACCAAGGAAGCAUUCGGAGAAACCAUUAACACCCCAACCCAAAAAACAACAAGCAGCAGAAAAGUUAGCAUCGCUGAAAAAUGUGCCAGAAGCUAAAAAGACACCCGAACCUAAAAAAAUCUUUGAGCUUAAAAAGGUAAAUGGAGCUAAAAAGGCACCGGACGUUAAAAGGUCAUCGGAUCCGAUAAAAGCCCCAGCACCAAAAAAGACACCGGACGUUAAAAAGUCAUCGGAUCUGAAAAAAGUCCCAGCACCAAAAAAGGCAGCGGCGAAAGGAAAGAAAAAAGCACCACCAGUAGCAAAAAAAGUGCCAGAUGCUAAAAAGCCACCUAGUCUAGGCGCAUCCUUAAAGACGCAGGAUACCCCAAAGGAACCAGAGAUGCCAACGGCCAUACUGGCUAAAGGAACGCUUGAAGAUCUGCCAUCCGAAGUCCUUAAAGUGUACCAAGGAGCAGCAGCUUUAUUGUCCAUGUUUACUCCUUCGUUUAGGAAGCCCUUGGAGCCACAAAAAGGGAAAAAAGCAGAUAAAAUAUUGCCGAAGAAGGGGAAAAAAGCAAAAGAAAACGUGAAGGAUCCUGCAAAACCUAAUCCAGACAUGAAGCACGCCCUCAUAAAUUACCAAUAUGUUCGGGAGGAUUCACAAGAAAGAAAAUCUAGUGCAGAGCCACCUUCGGAAAUAAAUUCAGAAUCCGCGAAAGAGUCCUCGAAGGAGUCCUCGAAGGAGUCCUCGAAGGAGUCCUCGAAGGAGUCCUCGAAGGAGUCCUCGAAGGAAUCCUCGAAGGAAUCCUCGAAAGAAUCCUCGAAAGAAUCCUCAAAAGAAUCCUCGAAAGAAUCCUUGAAAGAGUACUCGAAAGAGUCCGCGAAAGAAUCUGAAAGGUCGCGAAGAAGUAGACCUUCCGGGGACAAGUCAUCCGAUACGAAUAACGCUACGAAAAAAUCAACCAGGGCGAGCAAACUAAACACAAGCAAAACUCCGGGCAAUACAAGCAAAGCGCCUAGCACAGCAAAAGGAAGAAAGAGCCGGAGAAGAGACGAAAGCAGGCACGGCAGACGAGAUUCUGACGUGAUUUAUGUCAACACCAAGAAAAAAGAUACGAAAAAAAAGAGUCGGGUAAAGAACACCGCGAGGAAACGACGACACAUAAAAUGGUCGGAUGCUUCACCUCCGGCCACUUUGGAGAUCAGCAUGUCAAGCUCCUCGAUAAUCACCGCGAACAAGAUUGGCAAGAAGAAAGCGAAAGACCACAAAAAAACUAAGUUUGAGAAAGUUGGCACUGAAAGGAAAGCGGAUACCGUGUCUUCGUCACGGGUGCCUGCUAAGAGUGAGCGGGGCCUAAAGCCUAAACCGAGCGUUCGCCCGACCAGCAAAAAGGCGUCUUCGCCAGCACCAUCAGAAGAGGAAGCCCCAGCUGCGGCGCCAGGCGCUCCAGAUCAAGCUCCUGGAGUAGGAGGAACAGAAAGGACGUCUACAAGGUUUCUUUCAACUGACCAAGGAUCACAGGACCCAGGGCCACUUCCUGAAACUCCGCCGGAGGUCGUCUCGUCUGACACGGCUGCUAAACCCCGAAAAACUUCUGUCACACAAAAGAAGUCUACCAACCUUUAUGUAUGCAUCGGCAUUGUGCUGGUCGUGGUGAUGGGCAUUAUCCUUUAUUUUGCUAUAUUUGCGCGUGGUAAAAAGACAGAAACGAUUACAACUCGGAGCUUUACGACCCCAAAGAGUGCGACGGGACCUAACCUCAUGUUGAUACGGAAACGCCUUAAACGGUCCCUUAAAGUGGCUGAUAACCUAAAGAGCCGCAUACAACAAUGUCCAAGCACAAUGAGCAGGCAUGAUAGGCUCUCGUUUGUUAUGAGGGCAAAUUUGUCACAUCUACGUAUGGCUUUUGUCGACCCCACGUACAGGAUGCUUUUCAAGGUUGCUGCACUAGUCUCGUUUCCGUACGACGUCAUUAAAAGCAAUAUCUUCAAGGGUGCCUACGUCGCCAUUGUGCUAAAUCGACUGCAAUCAAACAUGACAUUUUUUUACUUCCUGCUUAACUGCAAAAAUCAAGAACCUGUUCGGAUUCAGCCAGUCACGAUGGGCACUAUCGCGGGAGUUAGACAGCACAUUCAAGAGCUGGCUGAAAACAGUCGUAGGGUCGACUGGUUUAAAUGCACGAGAGGAAGUCUUGUAGACGAGUCAAUAAAUGUGACGCAGUUUCAAGUGAAGGCAGAAAUUGAUCUCACAUUUUCACGUUUGCUUAUGGAAACCUGCAAUCCUGAAACGGGAGUGUGUUCGACGACCUAUAAUCAAUCGGUACCCUUGUACGAGUUUAAAACGCAGCCUGAAUUUCGGAUGUCGGCCAUAACCGGGUGGACUGGGCUAAAGUACCCGAAGUUCGAUUUCCUGCAUUUUGCAAACAUUACCACAUCGUGUGAGAUUCACACAAGCUCGCUAUAGUAGCGGUGACAAAGCGCCUGUGUAUCUCAAGGGCGCGCCAAGCAACUUCGGGGCCCCUGUGGUAUUUCACAUUUCAUAUGCAGUACUGUAACCCAAUGCGACCCACUGACAGUGGGACGACGACGACGACCGCUAACACUGGGCCUUUGUCCUUCACGGCAAAAUCGGUGAAGUUCUGGAGGCGGUGCUCUUAUUCACACCUUCGAUGAAGACGAUUGUGGGGCGCACUAUGCCGCUUUACUGGAUUGACACACGUUUUGCUGACUAGGUCUCAUGUUCGCAAAUCGUGUAUUCAAGGCCAGCCCCUGCGCAGGUCCAUUAGACGAGUCUGCAACCCACUCUUAUAUAUAUCUAUUUACAAAUACUAUAUGAUCCUUGCAAAUACCUUUGUUCUGUUACGACGUAUACAAUUGUUUGCUGUGAAUGCUGAACCGCCAGCAAUCGCAGGGCACAGCUGCUGCUGCUGCUGCUGCUGCUGCUACUACAUUUUGAACGAAUUAACGCCGUGUUGGUUGAUGAGCUUGUUUAGGUGACAGCGAUCAGAAAUUAAUUUUUCUUAUUGGUUCGAUCAUCGUUUGCGCGUCAAAAGCCACAACAGCUCAGGUCAUCUCAUGACCGUUUGGUCGUGGGGUCUAUUUCAACCAAAUCGGGGGGUUAAUUCUGAUAUGUACACAAAAAGCUUGAAGUUGUACUCCCGCAGGUGACUAUAAUCUUAGCAUGCACAGGGGUUGUCUGGUAUUGGUAGGAAAUUAAACAUGAAAAAUAAAUGUUUUUGGCAAUACUAAAUAAAAAUUACAAAUCUUGUGGUGCCCUACGAAUACAGAAUGCUUUACUAUCCUUAGUUCUAAAGGGCAGCUACACUCCGUCUUUGUACACCCACAGCUGAGUCCGAUUUCUGGGAAGCGGACCGUUACGAUUCACUCUGUUCCGAUUGUUUUUUGGAAACAGCGCACGAUUGCGUCGCUUACAAAAUCGUUAAAUAAACGAAAACACGUUCAGUCAG